CACAGCAGCAGCCUUACCAGCCUAGGCAGGGGCCACCAUUCCAGCAGCCCCAGCGUUAGUUUGCCGAGCUAGCAGCAGCUCCGGCUCCAGAUAAUCAAAUGACGGAGCUGAAAAACAUUCUAGCAUCAUUCAUGACUACCACUCAGGCAACUGUCAUGAGGCUGGACCAGAGUAUAGCCUCACUGGAGGCAGGCCAGAGGAACCAAGGUGCCAUUUUGCAAGAUCUACAGCACCAGAUGGAUAGCAUGGCUCGCCAAAUUAAUACCCGGGCCCUGGGAACUCUACCUGCCACUACCAUCCCCAAUCCACGGGAGCCGCACCAGCAGCUGGAUGCCAUUUUUACCAGGAGCGGUAAGACCAUAUCUGCUGAUCCUGUCCCGGCCAGGCAGGAGGAACCACUACCUGCUUCAGCACUUCCAGCCGACGAUGCAGAAGUGCGGGUGGAGAAGGAAGCCCCUGCUCCCAAGCCACAACUAGUGGUUAAGGAGCAUGUACCCCAGCUUCCCUUCCCCACUCGCCUACACAAAGACAAGCUGGAGACUGAGUUUGCCAAGUUUAUGGCAAUGGAGAACCCUAGAUUUGUAUGUUAGGUCUGAUUGUAUGAACCCAAGUACAGAUUUCAUGAGUUGAUUAUAUUCGAUUGAGGCUUGAAUGAUUGAAUGACUUGAAUCCUGAUCAAAUUCCUGUUGUUUCUACUUUAACCUAGAAAGAGAAUAUCUUCCUAGGUUGAUAGAGCACCCUUAAUUGAAGGUAGUGAAUUGGCGACUUUAGUCGAGGAGCCAAUUCACUAUUCUGUACCGAAUUUACUUCGGUAGUGGAGGUUUUGUUCGUUAGGGCCUCAAUCUGUUUACUCCAGUGGAGGUUAGUCGCCCACUAGAGACUCAGAUUGAGAGGGUCUGGAGACCUUUAGUCGAGACUUCAGACUGUUUAAGAACCUUCCGCAGUAUGACUAUCAUAGAACUGAACUUGGUAAUUGCAAUCCGGCUUAACUGCAGUCUAGGGGGAACCAUAUGCGGGUGACCUCUCUUGACUUGAAAACAACCGUUUAACUUGCUUUUUGUUUUUGUUAAUUUGGAUUUGCACUAAAGUUUCACUGCUAGAUAACAAGAACUUACCGAGUAGUCAUCAAAUCUAGGACCCGUGUUGACAUUAAAACCCAAACCCGCUAUACUACAAAGUAGGAAGUGGUUGCACUUGGCCAAUUUCUAGAGUGACAGUAGGAGUGAGUCACUACGGGUCAAGCACUACCUAACGAUGGCCACACAGGUGGAAGAGAUAAAAUGCAAUAAAGAAAAAGCUAGAGUAACAAAUUUUCACGUUUCCCCAAUAACCUAGAGGGUCCCCGGCAACGGCGCCAAAAACUUGACUCGCUACGUCACAACACCUAACGAUGGCCAAGUGUAACCAAUGAAAGGGACUGCAGUAUAGUGGCACAAGUAAUAAAUAUAGAAUCCACGGGUCUCUAGUGUUACUAUUACUCAGCUUCAGUUCAUUAUCUAGCAAACUAGAUUAAGGAUUGAUUUACUAAACUACUCUACUAACUACUAUACUAAUUACAAGUUGGGAACUCACUUAGGUAUGAUUCCCCCUAGCUCCUCAAUUAGGUCCAAGUUGAAAUUACCUUUGGUUGAUCUACUGUUGAUUAAACUGAGGAAGAUCCUAAAUUAGCUUGGAAUCUCUUAAGCUGACCAAGCCCUCUUAGACAGAAUACCCGACAGUUGACUAGCCUUCACCGGGAUAGACUGCUAAGGCGAUUCACACAGAUCUCCACUACUGGAAUAAAUUCCAGUACAAAGUAGUGAAUUGAUUGACUCUCUCACAACCAAUUCACCACUAUCAAUCAAGGAAGCUCUCUUAACCUAAUCAGAUUCUAUCUAUCAUAGGUUAAAGCAUAAAUCAAGAGAAUUUGAUCAACAUUCAAUUGAAUCAAUAAAUCAUGUCUCAAUCGAUUAUAAUCAAACAAUAUAGCAUCCAAAACUUCAUACAAGAAAGAUCCUAACACAUGGAACUAGGGUUCCUCAAAACCUAAGUGAAGGGAAGUUACUCAGAGAAGAGAGAGACUGCAGAAAUUUGAUAUUGAUCUUCAAUCUCCAUCUCCAAGCUUGAUUCCCGAGCUCCAAUGGCGAAGAAAUCCUCCAAAAUAGCUCCAAGAAUGUUCCCAAGUCGCUCUCUCUCUAGGGUUCGUCCCUUGGGUGUUUGGGAACCAAAACCCAGUUCUCCCUCGUCCGAACUCCGAAUCAGUCGCCGUUUGAUCCCAGAUGCUUGUAGUCUGGUCCUCUUUAUUUUCAUGAAAAAAUUCCAUGAUUAUUUGUCCAUAAUAUGAUGUAGAAGUCCAUUAUUCCUCAGGUCAUGCUCGUGUUUCUUCUCCCGAAUUGCCAAAUGAUCUCCGAUUGACUUGAAACUUGCGCCUAUGCUUCAAUUCACAUGCUAGGACCUGAAAUAUGAGAAAGGAACACAACCUAGCGUAAAAUAGUCCAAGAAAGCAGAAACUCAAGCCAAAAUGAUCAAGAAACGAGGGUGCAAACA